AAGAGACGAGGACAGACGACCAACGGGACGGGGCUUGGCUGCUGUUACCACGACAUCAGUUUUUAUAAUAAUUUUUACAAAAGUAUUAAAUUAAAACAAAGUAACCUGAUCUGUUCGUUUGACUAGUGUUUAAUUUAUUACAAUGUGUAUUAUUGUUUGAAGUAAUUAGUUUAUUAUAUAUUAAAAAUGACGCAGUUUUUGCCACCAAAUUUGCUGGCACUAUUUGCUCCGCGUGAUCCAAUACCAUAUUUACCACCAGUUAGCAAACUUCCGCAUGAAAAGAAGAAUGGUGGAUAUCUCGGCGUCGGAUCAUUUCUAAAAUACUUUGAGGAUCCAAAAGAUACACCCCCGCCACUCCGGGUUGAGACACGUGAAGAACGUCUAGAACGUCGGAGACGUGAACGUGCUGAGCAAGUUGCUUACAAACUUGAGCAGGAAAUAGCAGUAUGGGAUCCAGCAGCUAUUCCGAAUGUUACUGCUGAUCCAUUUAAAACUUUAUUUGUCGCACGAAUUAAUUAUGAUACGUCGGAAUCAAAACUUAGAAGAGAGUUUGAGGUUUAUGGGCCAGUUAAGAAGAUUGUUGUUAUCCACAAUACAGUCAAUGGAAAACCAAGAGGGUACGCAUUCAUUGAGUAUGAACACGAAAGGGACAUGCACUCUGCUUAUAAACAUGCGGAUGGUAAGAAAAUAGAUGGCCGCAGAGUGUUGGUGGAUGUUGAACGUGCAAGAACAGUUAAAGGAUGGCUACCACGUAGACUUGGUGGUGGUCUUGGUGGUACACGUAGAGGAGGUCCUGAUGUCAAUAUCAAACAUUCUGGUAGGGAGGAUAAUGAAAGGGAACGGGAGCGAUACCGAUUGGAACGUGAACGUGAAGCAACUGGACGUGGACUUGAUCGUGAACGUGAUCGCGAUCGUAUUGACAGAGAGCGUAGAAGAUCGCGUGAACGUAAACGAAGAUCGCGAAGUAGAUCUCGGGAACGUAAACGUAGACGCAGUCGUGAACGCGGUGCUGAACCAGAAGUAGAGGAAAUACAGCGGGAAGAACGUUCACGUGAUAGACGUGAACGGGAUAGAGAUCGUUCGGAUCGUGAUCGAGAUCGUAAGCGCAGGAGGUCACGUAGUAAUGACCGCACUGACCGUGACCGCGAUCGCGAACGUAAGAGAGACAAGCGCGACCGCGAACGACGGGAUCGUAAAGACCGCGAACGUGUUCCUGAUGAAGACACUAAAGAGAUUCGGGUUAAAGAAGAACCUCUUGACGACUAUCCAGAUUAUAAUAAUUCUUAUACAUCGACGACACCUUACUUCGCUCAAGUAAAGUAUGAAGACGACAAUGAAGUUGAAGAGAAGUAUAGAAUUCCAGAGAAUCGUAAUGAUCAACCGUCUUAUAAUUAUGAUUCCGUACCAGAAUAUCAUUAAUUUAUAAUUAGUGAUUUAUUAAUUAAUUAAUUAGUUAUGACAUUGCUGUAAUAUUGAUCUUGUUCUCUCUUUUUUUUUUUUUUUUUGUUAAUUAUUAUUUUUUUUUUAUCUUAAUAUUAAUUUUCUUUUUCAAAUCCUCGCCAUUGACAUUACAGUGACCGGUAAUCGAUGUCGUUAUUUCUGACAAUGUGUGCUUGUACAACGACAAAUUAAUUACUUUUACAUUUUUAACUUAAUCAUCCCGUGUAAAAAAAAAAUCGUUCCAAAAAAAGUUCGACAUGUGAAACUUCUAAACUUGAGACAGAUUAGAACUUCAAAUUUGAAACUUUUCAUGAAUGUAUUUUUAUUUUAAUGAGGCUUUUGGUUUCCAAUGGGAGCUUUUUCGUGACGAGGGUAAAUUGUAGUAAAAUUAAGUUAUAAAAAUGUUUUUCUUUUUUUGCUCAAAAUUCGCUCAUAAAAUCUUAAGUAAACUUUUUUUACUAUCAAAAUUACAAAAGUUCAAAAAAAGUUCCACUUAAAGUUAUAAUCUGUCUCAAGUUUGGAAGUUCAACUUGUCGAACUUUUUUGGAAUUUUUUUUAAACGAGUUUUUUCUACACGGGAUACUAAUAAAUUUAAUUAUUCUUCAAUACGUUGAUAAAAAAAAUAUACAUAUAUAUUUUUUUCGGAUAAAAGUGAAAGAUGAAAAAAAAUUAGCUAUUUAAUGAAUUAGGUUUAUUCAUUUAAUCUGUAUAUAAACAAGUCAAUGAUUUUCAAAAAUUAAUAUUGAUAAUUAAAGAGUUAAUUGCUGUAUGUAUAUUUAUAUAUGCAGAAGUCAGUAUAUUUAUACAUUUAAAAUAAAAUAAACAGUUCAUAAGAUAAAAACAAUAUUUAUUUUUAAACUGAAAAUCACUUUUAAAAUAAUUCAGUAAAAAAAUUUUGUGUAUUUUUCAAUCGAUUCAGUGAUUAUUAAUUUUAAAAGCGAGUGUUGAUAAAUAAAUUAAUUUAAAAUAAAACGUCAUACGUUUUAAUUUAACCUGAAGAAAAUA